AUGAUUAAUCCAUCUGAAAGAAAAAAGGGAAUGGACGAUGCUCUAAAGAACAGAGAAGCGUGGUCAGUGAUUCUCGAAUCAACUUCUGCCAUAGUUAUUGUGGUCUUGGCACUGAUGGGGAACAUUUUUCUCUGCUUGGCAAUCUACAGGUUCCGCACACGACGCAAAAUUGAGCAUUACUACAUAUUCGCCCUGACAAUCUCAGACUUUUUGUUGACACUUCUUUCUGUGGUUAUAGCUUUCGUCGUAACGAUAAUCGGACAUUGGCUCUUUGGUGAAACAGUAUGUCAGAUACAGGGCGCAUUAAUUUAUUUCUCCGCCUGCUUUUCGCUAUUGAAUUUGAGUCUUAUAGGGCUAAAUCGCUACUUCAAAAUUGUAAAAUCAGCGAGCACUUAUCAGAAGAUCUACACCAGAAAACAUGUUCUGAUAUCAAUCACGACAGGUGCAGUAUUUUCUGCAUUUUUUGUUAUUCCAUUUGGCCAGCAGAAAUUCUGUUUUCAUGCUGGUAAAGUGAACUGCUUUGUUUGCAAGAGCGGAGAUCAAAACACACUGCCGAUUAUUCUUGUCCCGUAUUUUAUCUUGCUCGUCAUUACGUACCCAGUUAUGGCAUUUUGCUACUUGAAAGUGUUUCUUAAAGUUCGCGCUCAUUUUGUGCAAGUCGCCGUGUCUUCGCUGCACCAUGACGACCAGAAAUUGUUUGCUGCGGAAGUCAAAGUGACGAAAGUUCUUUUUGCCAUACUGAUUGCAUUUCUGAUCUGCUGGACACCGGCAUUUACAAUCGAGAUUUUGGACACGAUUCGAGGAGACUACAGUCUUCAACGACACGUUUACCUUCUCAUGCCUUACACUGGGGUAGCAAAUUGCGCGGUCAAUCCUAUAAUUUACGGUUUGACACAAAAACAAUUUCGAGAAGCUUACAAAAAGAUCGUAUGCUGUAAAUAA